AUGCCUCUGCACGAACUUUCUGCCGAGCUUCUUCACGCAAUCUGUGAAGUCUGUUCAAACGAUACAUUACAAGAUCUCCGGCUCACGUGUCGAAGGUUGCGAGAGGUAGCUGAUAAGCACUUCCUCCUCGAAGUUGUGACAUGUAUCGAACAUGGAGAUCUGGCCAAUGUGCGCAGAAUCGUUGACUGCGAUGUUUCUAUCCGGAAUGCAGUCAAACGCUUCACUAUCCAGGCGGAUCGCUUCAAUACAGACGUUGAAGAUGACCCUCYCUUCCAACGGGACUGGUUCGACAAACAGAAUUUCUUCCUCCGCACGCUCGGCCCGCAUCUGUCAAAGAUGGAAGAACAAUCGCAAGGUCGACGCAGCACUCGACACAGGGCCAGACGCUCCGAAGCGUUGUUGUAUUUCGUGUCACAAUCUGUUGCCCGAAAAAAAGACAAGGAGCUGAGAAAGCGGAAUUAUCGAAUGUACAGACGGAUGUGCGACGACCAGGAAGCGCUAUUCCAACCACUCAAUGGAACGCCAAGUGGACCUGCUCAGCUCAGUACAGCAUCAGCUAAACCUAGCACCAUCAGAGCCACAUUUGACAAGCUUUUCAAGGCGUGUCCCAACAUAUCAGCCCUAACGAUCAACCAUAAACAUACUCUGCGCAUGAACGCCGGACUUUCAAAUUUGACCUACCUCAAAGGUCUCACGAUCCCGCAUGGAGGUAAUGCGACUAUAGUGGAGAGGACAGUGGGGGAACUACUGCCAGCAGUCUUCAAUGCCAACCUGAAGAUCCGAGAUCUAGCCAUUGCGGGAGCAACUCCACAUGUAAUGUCUGUUGGAGCACCCAGGACAGCCUCUCGUCAUCGCACAGCAGAUGGCAGCGCCAAGUACCAUCAAGUCUUACAUCAUGUUGAAAGACUGCAAUUGAUCUUCAACGGUUCCGACGCGCAGCCUGAAGAUUACGAACUCGGCGCCAGGAACGGGUUCAACUUCAUAAUUGACGAGUUUGCUGAUGGCGUCUUGAUCAGUUGGUUGGAGCACUGUCGAGUCGUCCGAGAAGUACGUUUAGUGUUGCCAAUAGCACCGUACGUGAAGUGGAGAGUUGAAAUGAAGCACAUUAUGGGGGAAUUGCAUCUUGAGAAGCUCGCCGUACUAAAAGUUUCAAACUUCCAGGCAAAGUCUGAAGACGUCAUACAGUGUUUGCUACGACAUCAAGACACCCUUCAAGAGUUCGAGUUGGAUACUGUACACUUAUUAGAUGGUGACUGGCCUUGUUGUAUCUCUGCCUUUGCCGGGAAGCUGCCACAUCUGCGACGCGCGAGAGUGGGUGGACUGCUUACCAGUGAACUCAAGGAUGAGAAUGAUAGGGGGAUGACAACAUGCUUUCUUACCAUAUCACAGGCAAAGGAGCUUCAAGAUGAGAUUGAAGAAUAUAUUCUGGACGGUGAAGGGCCAAUGCCGACUUGGCCGGCUGAAGGGCUAUAUGAUGGUAGUAGUACGGAGGAAGAUGAAGACGAAGUUGGUUCGGAGAGACUUGCAGGAAGCAGCGAUGAUGAUGAAGAAUCGGACGACUUAAAUGAUGAAAGUAACGAUGGAGACGACUUAGACACGGAGGAUAAUUGGAUGGAUGAGGAGGAGAGCAUGGACGAGGACAGUGUUCAUAGCUUAGACUCGGAUACGAUCAACGAUUCCGCUUAG